AUGUCGAAUGUUUCUUAUCACGUCUCCAACCUGUUGGAGAAAAUGACGUCAACUGACAAAGACUUUAGGUUCAUGGCCACUAACGACCUGAUGCUGGAGCUGCAGAAGGACAGCAUUAAGCUGGACGAGGACAGCGAGAGGAAGGUGGUGACGAUGCUGCUCAAGCUGCUGGAGGACAAGAACGGAGAGGUGCAGAACCUGGCAGUGAAAUGCCUGGCCCCUCUGGUGAGCAAAGUGAAGGAGCCUCAGGUGGAGACGAUGGUGGACACUCUGUGUUCCAACAUGCUGUCGGACAAGGAGCAGCUCAGAGACAUUUCCAGCAUGGGACUGAAGACGGUGAUCGCCGAGCUGCCGCUGUCGCCGUCAGGUUUGACUCUGACGACCAGUGUUUGUAAGAAGAUCACGUCCCAGCUGAUCGGGGCCAUGGGGAAACAGGAAGACGUGUCGGUGCAGCUGGAGGCUCUGGACAUCCUGUCGGACAUGUUGGGAAGGCUGAGUGGUGCUCUGGUCAGUUUCCACAGCUCUCUUCUGUCCAGCCUCCUCCCUCAGUUGACCAGUCCCAGGAUGGCGGUGAGGAAGCGCUCCAUCUUGGCUCUGGGUCACCUGGUGCCCUGCUGCAGCCCCGCCCUCUUCUCCCAGCUCACAGAACACCUGCUGACGGAGCUGAACAAGGCUCCGCCCACCUCAGUGACCAGGACCUACAUCCAGUGCCUAGCAACCAUCAGUCGCCAGGGCGGCCAUCGAGUCGGUGAACAUUUAGAGAAACUGAUCCCUAUGGUUGUUAAGUUCACCGGUGAUGAGGAUGACGAGCUGAGAGAGUAUUGUUUCCAGGCCUUCGAAGCCUUUCUACGCAGGUGUCCAAAGGAGAUGUCCCCCCACGUUGCCACGGUGACUAAGCUCUGUCUUCAGUUCAUGACCUUUGACCCGAACUAUAACUAUGACGACGACGAGCAGGACGAGGACGACAGCAUGGACAUCGAGGACGGACUCGACGAAGAAUCAGACGACGAGUACAGCGACGACGACGACAUGAGCUGGAAGGUGCGACGCUCCUCCAUCAAGUGUCUGGAGGCGCUGAUCAGCUCGCGCCGGGACCUCCUCCUCUCCUUCUACUCCUCCGUCUGCCCGGCUCUGCUCGCCCGCUUCAAGGAGCGCGAGGAGAACGUGAGGGCGGACGUCUUCGCUGCCUUCUCAACGCUGCUGAGACAAACACGAGUGGGGUCGGGUCACCGCGGCCUCGUCAGGUCCUCCUCCGACCCGGGGUGGAGUAAGGAGCAGCAGGAGGAGCCGGCGGUCGCUGUGCUGAAGGAGCAGGUGCCUCUGAUAGUGAAGACUCUCCACAGGCAGCUGAAGGAGAAGAGCAUUAAAUCUCGACAGGGCUGCUUCGGUCUCCUCACAGAGCUCAGUCACACUGUACCUGGAGCCCUGGAACAACACAUACCUGCUCUAAUACCAGGUAUAGUCUUCUCCCUGACAGACAAGUCCACCUCCUCCACCAUGAGGAUCGAUGCUCUCUCCUUCUUCCACGUCCUCCUCCUCUGUCACCCUCCUCAAGCCUUUCAGCCCCACAUGCAGGUGCUGCUGCCUCCGGUGGUGGCGUGUGUAGAAGACACUUUCUACAAGAUCACGUCGGAGGCCCUGCUGGUCACUCAGCAGCUGGUCAGAGUGAUGAGGCCGCACGGACAGAACGCCGCCUCAGGGUUCGAUGCCAAACCGUUUGUCAAAGAGGUGUUUUCUGUGACGCUGAAGAGGCUCCAAGCGACAGACAUCGACCAGGAAGUGAAAGAGAGGGCUAUUUCCUGUAUGGGUCACAUGGUGUGUCACCUUGGCGACCACCUGGGGGCGGAGCUGCAGGGCGUCCUGCUGAUUUUUCUGGAGAGGUUAAAGAAUGAGAUCACGAGACUGACGGCAGUUCGCACCAUCACCCUCAUUGCUGCUUCUCCAAUAAAGGUCGACUUGUCGUCCAUCCUGCCCGAGGCCCUGUCGGUGCUGGGCUCGUUCCUGAGGAAGAACCAGCGCACGCUGAAGCUCGGCUCGCUGGCCUGUCUCACCGCGCUGGUGACUCAUCACGCCGCCAGCAUCACACCUGCAGCUCUGGAGCCGGUUCUCAGUGAACUUCCUGCUCUGGUGGAUGAGGGCGACAUGCAUGUGUCUCAGGUCUCCGUCACCUUGCUGACCUGCAUGGCCCGGGCCUGUCCCUCCUCUCUGGCUAAGAUCAGCUCCUCCGUGCUGCCGGGCGUCUUCGGGCUCGUCCACUCUCCUCUCCUGCAGGGCGGCGCUCUCGCGGCCGUCCUGGACUUCAUCCAGGCGCUGGUUCUGUCCAAAACCAGCAACAUGGGCUACAGUCAGUUGCUGAGGUCUCUCACCGAGCCCUUCCACAGCUCCCCGGCCUCAGCAGACGGAGGCGUCCUCCACAGACAGUCGUACCACUCGGUCGCUCGCUGUGUGGCAGCUCUGACCUCCGCCUGUCCCGAGGAGUCUCCGGGCACCGUGUCCGGCCUCAUCCAGGAGGUGAAGAACCCUGGAUCCCCGGAGUCCGCUCGUGUCCUGGCCCUGCUGAGCCUCGGGGAGGUGGGCAGGAGCGGCAGUCUGGGAGGAAGUAAGGAGGUGCAGGGAGUCAUCCUGCAGGCCUUCACCUCCACCAGUGAGGAGGUGAAGACAGCCGCCUCCUGUGCGUUGGGCGGCAUGGCAGUCGGCAGCCUGAGCGACUACCUGCCCUUCCUCCUGAAGGAGAUCUCCACUCAGCCGCGGAGACAAUACCUGCUGCUCCACUCGCUCAAAGAAGUCAUCAGUGCCUGUCCAGCCUCUAGUCUCUCGCCCCAUGUGGAGUCUAUCUGGGCUUUGCUGAAUCAGAACUGCGAGUGUCCGGAGGAGGGGACCAGGAACCUGGUGGCCGAGUGUCUGGGGAAGCUGACCUUAGUCGACCCCGCACAGCUGUUACCACGACUGAAACAGCAACUUCGAGCUGGUUCGGCUCUGGCUCGCAGCACAGUGGUGACAGCGAUCAAGUUCACUAUUGUUGACCACCCUGCUCCCAUAGAUUCACUGCUGAAAGACUGCAUCGGCGACUUCCUAAAGACGCUGCAGGAUGAAGAUCUCAACGUGCGUCGCGUGGCUUUGGUGAUGUUUAACUCUGCAGCCCAUAACAAACCGUCCCUGAUCCGCGGCCUGCUGGGAACUGUGCUGCCUCACCUCUACAAGGAGACGCAGAUCAGGAAGGACCUCAUCAGAGAAGUGGAGAUGGGUCCGUUCAAACACACGGUGGACGACGGUCUGGACGUGCGUAAAGCAGCGUUCGAGUGUAUGUACACUCUGCUGGACAGCUGCCUGGAGGGGCUGGACGUCCUGCAGUUCCUGGAUCAUGUAGAAGAAGGACUGAAAGACCACUAUGACAUCAGGAUGCUGACCUUCCUGAUGUUGGCCAGACUCGCGUCUCUGUGUCCUGCUGCUGUUCUUCAACGACUGGACAGACUGGUGGAGCCACUUAAAGCUACAUGCACCACCAAGGUGAAAGCCGGUUCCGUGAAGCAGGAGUUUGAGAAGCAGGAGGAGCUGCGGCGCUCGGCCAUGCGCGCUGUCGCCGCCCUGCUGGCCGUGCCCGACGUGGAGAGGAGCCCCAGCAUGGCUGACUUCGCCAACCAGAUCCGAACCAACGCCGACAUGGCUUCUAUUUACCAGAGCGUCCAGGGGGGGGAGGGCGGGAGCGGAGCAGAGUGCAUGGACAUGAGCUAG